AUGGAUAUGCUAUUUUGUAAUUCCCUAUUCUGCUCGGCUGGUGGUGGACACAUUGAGCGAUUUGUGAGCGACAGUAUCGCUCAUGCACAGGAAGAAGCACAGCGCGAAGCACAGAUAGCAGCUUCGGCUCAUUUGGAAGGGAUUCACCAGAAGGUGCUGGAGGUGGAGGCAAAGAUUGACGGUGGCUUGGAGAACCUAUCACAGCACGUUCAACAACUAGUCGAAGACUCAUUUGCAGCUUCUCAGCUUCAGAGAGCGUGUGGCGCUGUACGACAAGACUUGCUAGCACGAGCCAGCAGCGGUGAAGAGCCUCUCCGCGAGUCAAUUCGCAGUCUUGUCUUGAAUAUCACGACCAAUGCAGAGCGUUUCUUAGAGGGCAGGGUGCAGAAGGCUCUUUCGAACACGCAGUCAGAAUUGAACCUGCAAGUUCAGCGUCAAGCUGACGCAACGACGGCACUGCGUGAGCAGAUCCGGAAACUUAAUGCCCAGGCCAAACGACAAGCUCAGAAAAGCGAUGGUGCCGCCCUAGAUACUACAGUUGCCGAUCUGGUCCGACAGGAAAUGGAAGAGCGCUUGUGGGGUACAGAUAAAUGCGCAACACGAAUCUGA